AAACUUUACUGGCUUUUGAUUUAAUGAUUAGAUUCAAUGUCUCUGAUGGAAAAAUCUGCAAGAAACAGACACGAGACAGAAAAAGCCGCCUCUCUAAACACCAACAAAGUAAAUCGCAAAUAUUGUCCAAAGCAAAGCAUCCACAUUGAUUCAAAGAGACUGGAGCAGCUCAAACUUCAACAAAGACUCAAAACAAUAUUCGUUGACGAUAAAAACAAGGUGCUGUUUUGCUAUGUGCCGAAGGUAGCGAGCGGGAACUGGAAACGAGUAUUUCUGAUACUUACCAACAAAUAUUCGAACAUAUCCAUGAUCUCAACAACCGCUGCUCACGAAAAAUCGUUACUUCCUUGCCUUGGGGAUCUCCCAGUUGAACAAAUCCGUGAUAAAAUUCAAAAUUACCGCASUUAUGUUAUGGUCCGAGAACCGAUGGAGAGACUKUUAUCMGCUUACAUUAACAAAAUCCACUCCGACAGAACAGGGAAGUUCCAAAGAUUAUUUGGCGCGAAAAUGCUCAAAUACACAAAAUACAAAGCAUWCAUCCAAGGAGAAGGAAAAUGGAAUGUUACUUUUGAAGAAUUUAUUCGCUUUUUGACGAACGAAUCUGAAAAGGACGCGUUUGAGCUCCAUUGGGAUAGAAUUUCUGAAUUUUGUCAUCCUUGUUUGUUGGACUUCGACUUUGUUGGUCGUUAYGAAGCCCUUUCCCGUGAUGCAGCGCGUAUCAUCAAAAUGAUCGACCCGGACAGCAAUGUAACAUUUCCAGGUUAUCAAGUUAGUAGGUUGUACAAGAGCGCRAGAUCAAAGAUGGUGGAUUAUUUUAAGACUAUAACUCGAAGUCAGCUAGAAAAAUUAUUAGAAUUAUAUAAGAAGGAUUAUUUGCUCUUUGGCUACUCUCUUCCUAAAUAUCUGUUUAAAGUUGUUCAAAACGAAACGAUUCGUUAACUGAACAUUAAUGUAUGCUAUAUACCAUGUAUGUAAGAGUAUCCUUUGCACAAAAUGCAUGGCGGUAGCCUCAGAGGCAAUUCCGUMUUAAUCUAC